AUGGAGCUACGACGCGGAUCUGAAGCUGGACAGACGUCCAACGCUCGGUGGUUUGAAGGCUCGGGCAGAAAGCGCGGUCUCCAGCAGUUUCGAUCGCCCUCUAAGAGCGUGUGUAACUCGACGGUCUCACCAGCUCCGAGAUUUGCGAGAGUUGCGAGGUUUGCAAGCUUCGCGAGUGGCGGCCGGGUAACCGUCGACUCAAACAAGUUCCUCUUCCAACAAUCUUUGCUGCCACAGCAGCACCGGCCAGCCAUUCGUCGCUCGUUCGUUCGACAAGCCGCCACGUCAGCAGAUCCCGCCACGCCAGCGCAUCCAGCCACGUCAGCGGAUCCCGCCACGUCAGCAGCAGCGCCCGUUAUGGUGCAGACGACGCUUCAGGAGUCGAGCGCGGACGGCGCGUUCAAGCGCACGCCCUCCGCCUUCCGCAGCCUUAUUACCGCGGAUGGGUCUAGCGGAUUCCCCGCCGUCGCUGGCAGGUACCACCUGUACGUGAGCUACGCGUGCCCCUGGGCGUGCCGCUGCCUCAUGGCGCUCAAGCUCAAAGGGCUCGAGGACGCCAUCUCCGUCACUAUAGUAGAGCCGGUGUGGCGGCGCACCAGGGAGGGGGACGAGCACAUUGGCUGGCCCUUCGUGGCGCCAGGGGGCACGCCGGAGGUGGCAGGCGCGGAGAGCGACCCUCUGAAUGGAGCUCUCUUCGUGAGGGACGUGUAUGAGAAAGCCGACCCCGGUGCUGUCAAGUUCAGCGUGCCUGUCCUGUGGGACAAGCAGAGCGGCACAAUCGUGAACAACGAGAGCAGCGAGAUCAUGAGGAUGUUCAAUUCGGAAUUCAACGCCAUUGCCAAGAACCCCCAGGUGGACAUUUACCCGCCCCACCUCCGAGCGGCGAUCGAUGAGGUGAACGAGUGGGUGUAUCCGGCAAUCAACAACGGCGUGUAUCGCUGCGGCUUUGCCAAGAAGCAAGGCCCGUACGAAGAGGCAUUCAAGGAGCUAUUCGCAGCUCUUGAUCGCUGUGAGGACAUCUUGUCUCGCCAGAGAUACAUGGCAGGGGAGAUGUUUACAGAGGCUGACGUUCGGCUGUUUGUCACACUCAUUCGAUUCGAUGAGGUGUACGUGGUUCAUUUCAAGUGUAACCGCAAUUUCAUCCGCGAAUUCCCCAACCUCUUCAACUACACCAAGGAAAUUUACCAGCUGCCCGGAAUAGUUUCUACAGUGAACAUGGCGCAUAUCAAGUCGCACUAUUUCCGAUCCCACCCUUCCAUCAACCCCUUUGGCAUCAUUCCUAUGGGUCAGGGUAUUGAUUACACUGCGCCGCACGAUAGGGAUAGGCUGCCUGGUGUUGCUCUGCCGUGUGGGAAAGACAGCGCCAACAGCGGCGCCAACUGCGGCGCCAUCUGCUGCGUUUCCUUACCUACCCUUUUCCAGCUCUGCCCCACAUGCGCCAACAUGCCGCAGGUGGAGCAGGCACACGUGGGGCGAGCGAUGCAUGGCAGCGUGGUCUAUUCACCCUGCCUCCCCAUGCCUUUCCCCUCCUGCCCAUGUGUAUCAGCAGCAGCACUAAAUGGAGUUCUGCCCCACAUGCGCCAACAUGCUCCUGGUGGAGCAGGCACACAUGGGGCGAGAGGCGCGGUUCUUCUGUCAGACGUGCCCCUAUGUGUAUGGCAUCACCAGGAAGGUGAGUUGAAUUCCAUACAGUCAAUGCUAGUCAACGCCAGUCAAUGUCUUGGUUCUUCAGUCAGACGUGCCCCUAUGUGUAUGGCAUCACCAGGAAGGCGACAACUGGUGGUGCAAAAGGAGGUGGAUGACGUGUUGGGAGGGGAGGACGCAUGGAAAAAUGUUGACAAAACGGAAGCCUCGUGUCCCAAGUGUGGUCAUUCACAGGCAUUCUUCAUGCAGAUUCAAACCCGAUCUGCUGAUGAGCCCAUGACAAUAUUUUACAAGUGUUGCAACAUGAGGUGUGGCUAUCGAUGGAAAGAAGGUUAG